AUGGGCUCAGAGCAAGGAGGUUGCGUAGCUCGAGGAUGUCAAAUCAACGUUGUGACACGAGGAGGUAAUUUGUCUUUUGAGUGUGUUUCUCCUUUGAUGAGUACUUUACUUUUUUUUCAAAAAACACUGAUCACUAAUUCAUCUUGUACAAGAGCAAUUUUUCCGUGA